AUGAUUGAAAGGGGUGAAGCUGGACCUGAUCCUCUGGAGCCAAUUGUUGUUGCUGAUAUUCCAGAUGCUAAUGCUACAAUUGAUCAACCUAUUUCAGACACUGGUGACCAAUUUGAAACUAAUGACUAUGAAGGAUUUCUAGAUCUUGGUUUCAUGCAACAAGUUUUUGUUUCUGCUGUUCCAUUAAACAUUGUAUAUCCUAGUUCUUGUUUUGAGGGGGAUGUUUCUCAAGAGUUUCCUCAAGGAACAAAUAGUGACAUUGAUUUUGAUGAUGCUUACCUAUCGACGAAGUUAAAUAGAUCAUGCUGGAAGUUUGAUAGAAAGAAGUUUGGAGAAAAAGCACAUUGUUUCAACAACAAUAUGGAUAAACAACACAUUGUUUCAAAUCUAUAUAACCAGAUUAAUAGAAAGAAGCUGGAGAGGUUCUUAAGAAAAAAUCCUAAUCCCAUCAUCAGAGUAAGAUGCACCAAGCCAAAGAAUGAUUCACUAAAGCUUCACUUGGUAAGAAAGAAAACUGAGUAUGAAUAUACCGAAGUUAUGUUUGCUCAUCAACUAGUCAAAUUCAGCUACAACAAGUGGAUGCAGAUUCUUGAAAUCAUCAACAAGUAUAAAAGUGUUCAUGCCCAAGAAGUGAAGUUGGAAAUCCAACAACUUCUCAACAAAGUGAAGAAACCAAACCUGGUACCGUCUACUGGUCCAUUAGCGAGUUCAUCUAGAUCAGCCUCAUCAGGAAGAACAGACGCUCCCCAACAUUCCAAGACUACUAGGUUUCUUCUUCCUUAUGGUACUAGAUACAUCAAUGAUGAAUUACCAAUUGGUGUUGAACCUAUUCAGUACAUGUUUAUUCCAAAACCAGAGCACGGAAUCUUUUAUCUCAACAGUCAAAAUCAGAUAUGCUUUCAACGCACUGAUGGCCUUCCAUCUGCUCCUACUGAGCACUUGUUUUGA